UUCAACCAGUGAUGUUGGUUCGCCGUGAUAUACAUCGCAUGUGCUUUCUUUCUACACGUAAAAUAUGUUGAGUAGUAGUGGGCCGCAUUCGCUUAUAAAUGACAGCAGUCUUCUAUUAGUGCAUUUUACAAUAUUGGCCUUUAUUGUAGCUUUCACUAUCCCUGUAGCGCAAUCCCAGACUUUCAUCAGACGUACAACCAGCGUUUGUCGUGUCGACUCGGAAUGCCCGACAAAUGCAUACUGUGAGCACUACAACCCUCCCACUACCUUCGGCAUUUGCUCUUGUCUCCAGGGAUAUUUUAUACUUACUAACAACUAUACGCGCGAGUGCAUCCGAUUUGCAACGGCAAUAGGCGACUACUGUCAGCACGACGACCAGUGUCAGUAUCUGCUAAGUACGGACUCCGAGUGCCGUGCAAACUCGUGCCAAUGCCGAGAGGAAACUCAUUAUGUUGAGCGGGAACGGCGGUGUUACAAAACUAGCUACCUUGGCCAAUAUUGCCGGCUAACAAACAAUUGUGUCGGUGACUACAUGUACUGUCGCGAUGGCAUAUGUGUUUGUGCAGUGGGUAAACACCCGAACGCUGGCAAGAAUUUGUGUUUGCCGGAUGUAUAUCUGGGUGAAAAAUGCUACCGUGAUGAGGAGUGCAUAGCAGAAAACUCCAGAUGCAGUGACGUGUGUCGCUGUCGAAUCAGCCAUAUCUUGAACCGAGAACAAAAUCAAUGUCUUCCAAUUGUCAGAAAGCUCUAUGAUCUGUGCGAGGAAGAUCUUCAAUGCCUAUACAACAUUCCAUUCUCCCGCUGCCAAAUCACAACGGUACGAAACGGGGAGAGCGUUGGAAAAUGCACUUGUGCCAACGGUUACCACGAGAUCGGUUAUAAAUGCUACGCAUCCGUUUUUUUAAACGGCAUCUGUGAAAUGGAGGAAAACUGCGCAACCAGUCAAGAUACAACUUGCAUAAAUGGCCGGUGUCGCUGUGCAGAUCACAUGAUAGAAGUUGGUGGCCAGUGUUCAUCUGCUAUCAGAAAUUUGCUGUACUCUUUCCAAAUAAUAAUUUUAAUAGGAAUCAAAUCGUUUGUGUUGAUUUAGUUUAGCAGUUGUUUUAAUAGCUUUAGGAUUAUUUUAAAUCCAUUUAAUCACUGUUAGUAUUUUGCUCUGCAAAUACAUGUGAUGAUCAAAUGAAAAUUAUAAUAGCCUUGUACAUAGUCAAUUUACAAAUUAAAAGUUUUCUAUUUCAGCAAUUCAUUUCAAUAUGAUGAGUAAAAUUAUAGUCAAAUGGAGGAAUGUCAUCAGAAAUGUUUUACAAUAUCAACAGUACGAAAUAUAAUGUUUAAUAAACAUUGCAAAAAACAUGUGUAUAGUAUAACAUUCAAUAAUCAAUACUGCAUGUAAGAGAAUUGGAAAAAAAAUUAUCACAAGACCCGAAAACAGAAAAAACGUAACCUUGAUGCAUAGGUUCGUCGAAGAUACAUUAGGACAAUUUCAGUCGUUGCAUCAAUAGCGUAGGACAGAGCAGUAAGACUCCACCAACUAGGUAAGUUAUCCUGGAACCGAUACUCCAAAAGGCAAUAGACGCUACAAUUGGACCGAGUGCCCGAGCCAAUGCCCCAAGCGAUCGAAACACGCCGAGGACGGUUCCUUUCUGAUCAAAAUCGCCAUAUUUGGAUGUAAGCGUGGUCAUACAAGUCACCACAAAUGCAGUAGCUGAAAAAAGCAUCAAAUUGUGAAAUAUGGUAAACAAAUUCAUGAAUUAAAUUUAAAUUAAAAAAAACAUACAAAUCGCAAAUAAAAUCAUUCCUCCAUACAGCAGCUGAGAGCUUUCGGCGAUUCCUACGAAUAUAAAAGCAGGAAUGAUAAGAUAUAGGCCAACGACAGCUGAUAUUUGCGUCAGGUGCUGAGGAAGUCUUCGAACAACACAUCCUUGAAGGAGAGCCAUUACUAUUCCUGAAAACAAACGUUGAAAUAAUUACACGGUGUUACAAAAAAAUUAAACUUUUCAAGUAUGAGUUGUAGGUUUAGUCAAAUCAAACACAAAGCUACGUUUGAACAGUUUACGGGAGAGGUAAGAGUUUCAGAGUGAAAAAAACACUUACUUUGCGAUUUUUUUAGAAAUUUGGGUGAAAUGGAUUGAUCAAAACUUGUACAAUAUAAUAUAUCAUUUCAAUAACCCUCUUGUAAUUUUUUCUAUGCAAAGAUAUCGACAAGCGACGUGAUGACAAAUCUUUUUGAAGAACGUUUCUGGAAAAAUACGAUUUGCGGUCUUAACUGCCACACUACUUAACCAAUUUAUUUCAAACCUGCAUGCACAUUAGGGUGACAAUGAUUUACAUGAAAAAAGAUUUUUGCAACUUACACCCCCUAGCGUCGUUCUAAAUCAUGAGAAAAUGACACUGUCCAAAUUUGAGCGAAAUUGGUU